CUUGAGAGGCGGCCGCGCCUCCUGAGAGGAGAGGGAGUGUGACAGAGGAAGUAGUUCCGGCCCCGAUCGGGCCUUGUUUCCCAAAAAUAGCGCGCAGCGGGUAUCCGUGCGCCGGUGUCAGUGUCUCCUGAGGAGCCGCGGCGGGAGGCGGCGGGGGACGCGGGCGGGGCUUGUAAGAAGAAAUAGAAAUCUUUUGUCAAGCUGAAGACAAAGUAAAAGAAAACUGUAUCAUGUGUUAGAAUACUGAAGAGUGACAUUUCUUGGAUUAGUUUAUUUCUGGAUUGCAAAGCGAAAGAAAGAAGAGGCUAAAAAUGGGGAGAAAGAAAAUACAGAUCACAAGAAUAAUGGAUGAAAGGAACAGACAGGUCACCUUUACAAAGAGGAAGUUUGGAUUAAUGAAGAAGGCAUAUGAGUUGAGUGUACUUUGUGACUGUGAAAUCGCACUCAUCAUUUUUAACAGCUCUAACAAACUCUUUCAGUAUGCCAGCACUGAUAUGGACAAAGUUCUACUUAAAUACACAGAAUACAACGAGCCCCACGAAAGCAGAACCAACUCAGAUAUCGUUGAGACCUUAAGAAAGAAAGGCCUUAAUGGUUGUGAGAGCCCUGAUGCUGACGAUUACUUUGAGCACAGUCCACUAUCGGAGGACAGAUUCAGCAAACUAAAUGAAGAUAGUGAUUUUAUUUUCAAGCGAGGCCCUGCUCUGAACAAGAAGGAACACAGAGGGUGCGACAGCCCGGACCCUGACACUUCAUAUGUGCUCACGCCACAUACAGAAGAAAAAUAUAAAAAAAUUAAUGAAGAGUUUGAUAAUAUGAUGCGGAAUCAUAAAAUCGCACCUGGUUUGCCUGCCCAGAACUUCUCCAUGUCGGUUACUGUUCCAGUGUCCAAUCCCAACACUUUAACCUACAGUAACCCAGGGAGUUCCCUCGUAUCCCCAUCACUGGCAGCCAGUUCAUCGUUAACGGACACGACCAUGCUCUCCCCACCUCAAACCACCCUGCAUCGGAACGUAUCACCUGGGGCCCCUCAGAGACCACCCAGUACUGGCAAUGCAGGUGGAAUGCUGGGGACAACUGACCUCACAGUGCCAAAUGGAGCUGGUACCAGUCCAGUUGGAAAUGGGUUUGUGAAUUCUCGAGCUUCACCAAAUCUACUUGGAACUACUGGUGGUGGCAAUGGCUUGGGCAAAGUCAUGCCUACAAAGUCUCCACCUCCACCUGGAGGAGGCAAUCUUGGAAUGAACAAUCGCAAACCGGACCUCCGUGUUGUCAUCCCACCCUCCAGCAAGGGUAUGAUGCCACCAUUGUCGGAGGAGGAUGAAUUGGAGUUGAAUACCCAAAGGAUAAGUAGUUCUCAGUCUACACAGCCUCUUGCUACCCCUGUGGUGUCUGUGACAACUCCAAGCUUGCCUCCGCAGGGACUGGUGUAUUCGGCCAUGCCUACUGCCUACAACACUGAUUACUCCUUGACUAGUGCAGACCUGUCUGCCUUGCAGGGAUUUAACUCCCCCGGAAUGCUGUCCUUGGGGCAGGUAUCUGCCUGGCAACAGCACCAUCUCGGUCCAGCGGCCCUCAGCUCCCUUGUUACUGGCAGCCAGCUAUCUCAGGGUUCAAAUUUAUCCAUUAAUACCAACCAAAACAUCAACAUAAAAUCUGAACCAAUUUCACCUCCCCGGGACCGUGUAACUCCCUCUGGGUUCCCGCAGCAGCAGCCACAGCCGCAGCCACCGCAGCAGCAGCCGCAGCCACAGCCGCAGCAGCCGUCGCGGCAGGAAAUGGGUCGCUCUCCUGUUGACAGUCUCAGCAGCUCCAGCAGCUCCUAUGACGGCAGCGAUCGGGAAGACCCAAGGAGCGAUUUCCAUUCGCCUGUGGUGCUGGGAAGGCCACCGAAUUCAGAAGAUAGAGAGAGUCCAUCGGUAAAACGAAUGAGGAUGGACACGUGGGUGACAUAAACCUGCAGUGUUGCCUCCUCCCUUUUGCAUUCUCGAAAUGAACUGUCCUGACAUAUCUAAAUUUAUAAAUAAGGACAUGAAAUAAGUAUAUUUAUAUGUAUAUACAUACAUGCAUAUAUAUAUCUCCACAUGCAUAUAUAUGUGCUCGUGUGUGUAGCAUACACAAACUCAUCAGGCACUUACGACAAACUUCUUGUAUAGCUGCAGAUGUCCCAUGGUAAAAUGUAAGAGAACAAUCCUGUAGGUAUUGAUCGAGUCUGGCACCCACCUGGACUUGUUGUUUUAAUAAUAUAACCUGUUUUGCAGAGAAACAUUGUACCCGCAUUAUAAUCCUACCACACUAGAUUGCAGAAACCAAGAGGGCUCGCCUGUAGUAACGUCCCUGUGUGUUUUAUUCAAGCUGUAUGGUUACUUGUAGUUAAGAAAUAAUGCUUUGUAGCAGCAGAGCAGUAGAAAAGCAGGAAGAAGAAAGCAAUACUGUACAUAAAAUGACCUUUAUAUUACCCAAAACUGGCAUGGGUCUCUAUUGCAGAGGGUGCAUGGAGAAGGGCUGAUGCUGUAAGAAAAAAAAAACAAAACAAAACCCUGUUUUGCACGUGCAAAAAAAAAAUAGUGUAUUGGGUCAAAGAAGUGAUUUUUUUUUAAUGAGUGAAAGAGAGACAGAGAACUCGCAUGAAAUAUUCAGAAAAUAUUAGCCUAGAAAAUAGAACAUUAACAAAGUAAAAUUAAUAUAUUAAGUUAUAAUUGGAAUAUGUUUGACAAAUUUCUUUUUACGUUCGUACCUUUGAAAAAUAUAGAAACGGAUUUUAGCUCAUGUAUAUUUUAUAUUAAAGAAAACAAUACCCUAAUGAAUUGAAGACUAUAUAUAAAGUUAUAUACAGUACUUUUGAACACAUUCUGCUAUGAAUUAUUUAUAUAAGCCAAAGCUGUACGUUGUAGCUUUUUUGUAGAGUAUAGUUUUAUCUUAUUUUGACUUUCUAGUUUUUGCUUUCAAAGAUGAAAAGGAAAAACUUGCAGGCGGAACCUUGGGGGAAAAAUAAGCCAUGAACACUUAUAUGUAAAUUUAAAUUUGAGCCAAACUCUGUGUAUAUAGCAUCCUAAAUAUAUUAUCACCUUUGGUGUAAGUACCUACGUAUUGUACGGUCACCAGAUUACAAAGUAUAUUUUUGUGGAUUGACGCCAACUUGAGAAAAGGCGAGGUCCUUAUUAAGUAGAGUAUUCACUGUUUAAUAUUUACUAUUUUGUUAAAUAUACUGUACUUUCUUUGGAUUUUAAUUAUUAUUAAUAUUAUUAUCCAGAUUUUUCAGAGGGUGUAUAAAGGGGUCGUCCCCCUCACUGGUGGUGAAUGUGUGCCGUUAAAUUGUAAUCUCUGUGCUGUAUGGUUAAGCUUCAUUAUACAUUUUAUAUAUAUGUAUAUAAAUAGCAAA